AUGAAUCCAAGCGCCAUGCCAAUAGAUCCCAAUCUCCGCAAACGACCCCUCCACCAUCCAACUGAAAAACCACCCGUCCCGCGCGCAAUCCAACCCAAACCACCUGCCAGCAACGCUUCUUAUAGCAGCGAAAGCCCCGCGCCACUCUCCCCGCGUUGGUCAAGUAUUGGUCCAGGCGGCGAGCCGCCCCGUAAACGCGGCCGACCAAGCAAAGCCGAGACCGAACGGCGUCGAGCUGCCGCACAAGCCCGAGGCGAAACAUACCCACCACCCCGGCGCUCCAACUCCAACAGACAGCGUAUCCCACCCUCACCAACCAGUCCAUCAGCAAUGUCCAUGACGUCCAACACACCCUAUACACCAUCCAGCGCCCCACCGCCCGGUCUAGCGCCCGCCUCGGUUCCAUACAAUCACCCAUAUCACCAAGCCAUCGUGGCGAACAUUCCGCCAGAACCGCGCGAGAUCCCUACGCGCUCAACAGGCCCCAAUCCGCGCGAACUGCCGAAUCCAGCAGAGAUGGGGCAGCCUUUGCCGCCACCGCGAGCGCUACAGAUUGGUCUGGGUCCUCCGGAUAUAUUGCAGCCUCGACUCAACAGUAUCGGUGAUCGAAUGUCGUAUGGAUCGAUCCCGCUAGACCGGUUCUCGCCGCCAGAUAGUGGACGACGGGACUCGGUGGCUUCUCGAGGAGAACAUGGGCCAUUUACGGACCCGAGGGCGAGUUCGACGCCUGGUGAACCGCCGCGGUAA